AUUUGUGGCAUCGUAAGCUCGUGUCCAAAACAGCGUCCUCCACACAAAGAAGAUCACAAUCCAGGUAACCACGGACAGGAAUAUUAAUAUUUUCUUCUGCAUUUGGCUACAGCAUGGAGCUCGGAAACUUCGACGAAGUGAAUCCUUUACGGAUUUAUUAUGCCAGUUACAGUCAAACUGCCGUGAAUUAUACUACAGAUUCAGGUCGCAGUCAAAAUGUUCCUUCAAAGAUAAAUGCAUGGAAUCUAAGUUGUUUUGGAGAAGAUCGAGGAAGCCGCGUACGGGUACGUGUGUCCUUUGGACAUAAAUUUGGGAAGCGAGGUUGGGGUCUGGUAACUAAAGAUGGCGGCCAAUAAACUGGACGCACCGGAUGUAAUUUGCUUCAGCCUGACAUGAAAUAAGUCAAUUUGUCCUUGGUAUAUGGUGCAAAUGGAUGACCAAUGGAUCCGUCUCUUUAAUGUAUCAGACCCCAGAAGAGCUUACGCCGGUCACACCUUGUACAAAGUCACUUCCAAGGUUUUUCAAAAGGAUUUUCCUGAAGGGGCAACAGAGAUCUCUGUUUGGAGACGAUUCAGUGACUUCAAGAAACUCCACCGAGAGCUUUUAAAGAUCUACAUCCAGAAACAUGCACAAGACAAAUUUCCUCCUUUUCCAAAGGCAACAUUCUUUGGUCGUUUUGAUGAUGCAGUAAUUGAAGACAGAAGAAAAGCUUCCUUAGAACUUUUGACAUUUGCAGGCAGCAUUCCUGAUCUCUUUACAAGCCAAACAUUCGUUAAGUUCUUUGAGGGGGCAUUCCCUGACAACCAAGCUCACAAUGAUAGUGUUGCAAGCAGGGAAAGCAGCUUAUCUGACACAGAAGGUGACAUCUUCAAGGACAGUUCUUCUACCAAAGAGUCAGUAGAUAUCAGUUGCUCUGGUAAUACAGUUCAAAACUCACCGGGGAAUAAUUCUGAAGAGUCAUCCAUACUUGGUGGAGUGUGGCUCUGCAAGCAGCCUUCCCUGUCAGAGGGUCUGGACAUUCUUAGCUCAGAUGAAGAGGAAAUUGAUGGACUGACACCAGAUGAUGAUGCAAGCAAUGGAACACCACAAGCUCUUACUGAGCGGUCAAAUAACAAAGCUGAUCAAAAUGUGGAAGAUGAACAAGAUGAGGUUUUUACACAUGAUACCAGUGAAAGUUUAGAGAAAGAAAUUGCUGAUAUAUCUCACAAACAGGACCGUUCAAGUAGCACAGAGCCUCCCCAGUGGCUUGUGAGAGCAAUUUCCAUUUGUAGUGAGGGAGAGGACUUGGAAGUUCUUGCAUCUGAAGCUACUGAGGAAGAAUUGAGUUUUCCCCAAGCAUUUUCAGAUUACAGUUACUGUGAGGAAAAGGAGCAGAGCACCGUUGAUGACUCCAUAACACAAGAAGAUGAAGAUCAAUGUACUAGUUCUCUAAAUGGCCCUCAUCAACUAGAAGUUACAUUAGACACCUCAAAGUCUCUAGAGCAGGGUUCCAAAGCUAAUAACUCAGAAUCAGUUGUAUGUGAAACUGGAAUGAACUGCAAGACAGAAAUGAUUCCUGGCAGUACAUCACAGUCAAACAAUGACGUUCUUCCAGAGUCUUCUGAUUCUUCAUGGUCACCAAAGGACUCAAAUUCAGCUGGUACUGUCAAUUACAGACAGUCAUUCACAAGUGUGAAGAGAGAUGCAGGAAACAAGAAAGUGGUGCGUCAAAGAACUGUUUCUGAUCUGACAAAUAUCUGCAUUGAUCCUAAAGAAAGUGACUAUUUGUAUGCUGCAGGCCAUACUAUACACAAGGCUCUGGACUGUGAAGUUAGUGGGAAUUAUGAGGAGGCAUUCAGCUUGUACAAGACUUGUGUUGGUCUACUGUUGAGCGGUGUACAAGGUGAAAAGGAUGUCAAGAGGCGAGAGGCUGUGAGACGCAAAACCGCUCAGUAUCUUUUGAAAGCAGAAGCUCUUUACAGCACAUACUUAGCUGGAAAUGAUUCUUCAGAGAAAUCUGAGGAUUCUUCUCUAUCACAAGCUGGGGAUUUGUGUCAGUCUGAUGACCUUCAAAAAUUCAAGGACCUCACUUUGGCAGACUUAAAAGUUAUGGGAAUUGUUGGCAAGGUGAUGCUAGUCGAGAACAAAAAUACUGGGGAAACAUUUGUGGUCAAGGCAUUGUGCAAGUCAGGACAAACAAAACCAAACAAUGUUCCUCAAGGAAGUCUCCAUAAGAGAAAGAAAUUGGUUAGACGUCUUUAUGGGAAAUAUCCAAAUAUUGUGCAACUGUACAGGUACUUUGAGACAGCCACAAGCAUUUAUCUAUUACUAGAGUAUGCACGAGGAGGAAGACUAUGGGAUCAUCUUUCUUGUUAUCAACAUAACAAGGAGUCGCAAGAUAACCUGAUUCGGAGUGUCAACAGAAAGUUUACCAAUUUGAAGAAAUCUGCAGAUGUUGAACAUGUGACUUUGGAUAAAGAAAAUGCUGCUCCUUUGUUUCAAAAUAAGGUGACUCACCCGGACAGAGAGGUCACACUUAGUGAUAAAAAAAACGAUAAUUAUGGAACUUCUAAUGAAAGGAAUUCUUUACCAUUGCAAGACAGCAAGCAUUCUUCAGAAGUUACUCAAAAAGCUGUUGAACAGUUAGAUGCUACUGGAAAUGGAAAUGACCACCACAUUUUGGUGCCACAAAGUUGUAACAAUGAGGAGCUAUUAACAGAAAACAGAGAUCCUAGGGAAAGCAUAGAUACACAUGACAAACAAUCACUUUUUGUGAAACUAGACGAGUAUUUCACUUCUUCGACUCAGAGUGUACCAGAUGAACACAAAAGAAUUUGGGCAGCAGAGCUUGUGUUAGCUGUUGCUUACUUGCAUGCAGCAGGAAUUAUUUGCAGGGAUUUGCACCCCAAAAAUGUUCUUCUUGACGAAGAAGGCCACAUCCUUCUCACAUACUUUGGUUCAUGGGAAGAAACAGAUCACAUUCCAGAUAAGACAGCAAUGAAUCACUUUUACUGUGCUCCAGAGAUAUGGCAAGUUGAUGAUAUAACUCCUGCUGCUGACUGGUGGAGUGUGGGGGCUCUGCUUUAUGAGAUAAUCACAGGGCAGGCACUGUCAAUUGCACAUCCCUGGGGAAUAAAAACUCACACUGAACUACAUCUACAAAAUAAAAUAUCCCCUGAGGCAAAAUCCCUCCUAAGAGAGCUUCUGAGAGUCACACCAUCUGAAAGACUGGGUGAGUUCUGUUUGAGUUUUGUUUUCAAUUGA